AGGCUACAAGUCAUGUUUCACGAUGAAUAGACUUGCUUUCCUCAUGAGAGGACCGUUAGUGAGUGAACCCUGCGCAUCGGGUUGUGUCGGGUUUGGUGUUAUUGAGAGCAACGUCAGCGAUGAGGCGCGGGGGGAAGGAGGGAAUGAGUGAAUGAGCCAACAUAUUCACCCCUGUGCUUUAACAAUUCAAGCUGUUCUGCGGAUACUUUGUGUUUCCAAGAAAACAUCACGUAGUGACCAUUUGCCUCUGAGACGGGCACUCAGCGGUGUUACCACGAGGCUCGCGGCGGUGCUUGAACAGAAGCAGACUCUGGGGAAGAGACAGCUCUGUCUGCUCAUGAUCAGAGACAGGGGAUGCUGAGCUGCUAGUGUACUGAACUCAACGCCACACCGGGACGUAACUUCCUGCUGUAAUGUCGCAGUGGACAAAUUAUUGCGGUUUGGAAUGAUAUGGAGGAUUUCAGAACAUAAUAUUUUAUGAGAAAUGCUACAGGAGAAGGCUUCAGCUGUGGCUGAUGAAGGUAUGACCGUGGCCCAGUUGGGUGGGCGUCCUGAGCUUGCCAGUGAUUCCUCACAUUUGGGCCUGCCUACAACUCCCAGCAUUCCCCAGAACAAUGAGUCUGACCAGAACAUUGAAAACAUCAAAGUGGUUCUUCACGACAGGGAACUAUGGAAAAAGUUCCAUGAGGCCGGAACCGAGAUGAUCAUCACCAAAGCAGGCAGGCGGAUGUUUCCCAGCUACAAAGUUAAAGUCACAGGAAUGAAUCCCAAGACCAAAUACAUACUUUUAACUGACAUUGUUCCAGCUGAUGACCAUCGGUACAAGUUCUGUGACAACAAGUGGAUGGUGGCAGGAAAAGCAGAGCCUGCAAUGCCUGGAAGACUCUACGUCCACCCAGACUCUCCUGCAACAGGGGCCCAUUGGAUGAGACAGCUGGUCUCCUUUCAAAAGUUGAAGCUCACAAACAACCACCUUGAUCCAUUUGGGCACAUCAUCUUGAACUCAAUGCACAAAUACCAGCCCAGGUUACACAUCGUGAAGGCUGAUGAAAACAAUGCCUUUGGCUCUAAGAACACGGCCUACUGCACUCAUGUCUUCCAUGAGACAGCUUUCAUCUCUGUUACAUCCUAUCAGAACCAUAAGAUCACCCAGUUAAAAAUUGAGAACAAUCCUUUCGCCAAAGGUUUCCGUGGCAGCGAUGAGGGUGAUUUGCGUGUGUCCAGACUUCAAGGGAAAGAUUACCCUGUAAUUUCUAAGAACAUGGUCCGGCAGCGGCUUAUCUCAUCACAUGGCCAUCUGUCAGGAAAACUGGGUGCAGGUGUGCUGAGUAGCCACCCGCAGGUGGUUUCUCACUAUCAGUAUGACAGUGGCGUCCCUCUACCGAACUCUGAUUCCCAGGAAGCUCUCUCUAACUCCUUCCCAUCUAGCCGGGAAUCCAGCCUUCUUUACCACUGCUUCAAGCACAGAGAUAACACAAGGCAUUUGGAGUUGGGAUGCAAACGCCCUUAUCUUGACACAACAGCCUCCGCAGUUUCAGAUGAGCACUACUACCGCUCCCCUCCUUCCUACGAUCCACCCCUGCUGUCCCAUCCAUACUGCAGCGAUGCGUUGGGCUCUAGAGAGGCAUGCAUGUAUGGAGGAAUGGAGGGAGAGGCAGGGGGCACAGUAGGUACCGAUGACCUCCCGGUCCCCUCCCUGAACUGCAAUAUGUGGGCGUCAGUGCAGCCGUAUCCUCGUUACGGCAUGCAAACUAUGGAGGCUAUGCCAUACCAGCCCUUUCCCGCCCACUUCAACAGCACAGCCUCCGCUGCCUCUGUGGUUCCCCACCACUCACCGUCCAUGCAGCGUCCACAUCCGGCACCUCCAGACCUAGUCACGUUUACCACACAGCGGGUGUUGCCACCCACACCAUCUUCAGCAUCCUCCUCCCCCUCUGGUCCUGCCCCCCGUGACAGAGCACAUUCCUCACUGUUUCAUAGGAAGCCUGGGUCACCGGUUCGUUCACAAAGGGAUUUCACAGGGUAUCCGACCCAUAGCCCCACUUCAACACGAGAACCAGCCUAUCAAUACCAAACGGGCCUCAGCAGUGUUGGGCCGCACUGGACUGACAGUUAAAGAGUUACCCACAACACCAUCUACAACUAUAUUCCUCUUCAGCUAAGAGCAACAAACUCUGAACAACAACUGCAAUGAGAUUAUUUUUACAUACAGCCAUGAUGCUAAAUUGCAAAGCCAUAAAUCUAUUUAGCCUAAUAGUAUAGGAAACCUAAAAUUUGUGGCACUGUGUAUUUAUUUGAAUUUGAGAUAUGACUAGAGUUGUGCAGGUGGUAAAGCCAAGCAGAAACGGCAUACCUAAUGCAGUGUUGUUUGAGAUCGUUCACUCAAAAAUGAAAAAUUCUUCAACAAAUUCUUCUACAACGGUCACAUGAGAACAUGAAGGAAAGUAAAUAAUGACAGAAUUUUCAUUUUUGGGUGAACUGUCUCUUUAAGAUGAACCUUUUUGACUUUCUAUAUGAAGCACAAAAUGUGUGUGUGCCAAUCGAAAUUAUGCUACGCUUGAGAGAUUUUGUGUAUGAGGAUUAUAUUGAAAAGUUUAGUUGUUAAUCAACCUAAACAGACUUAGUUACUAAGGCUGCCUUUUUCCUCUUCAAAUGUUAGAGUGUGCAAAACCUGUGCCAAACCCAAAGAUUGGUUGGAGUAAUUUUCUGGGUGUUAUUAAGAGAUUCUUAUUUCCUAUUAUUGCAAUAAAGUUUUAAACAAAAAAAAUGUAUUUUUUCCCAUUUUAUAUAUAUAUAUAUUACAUUUAAAUGGAAUUUACUCAUGUACUGAUGCUAUGCAAUCUUUGUAAUGCAAUUCAAGCUAUUAAAUAUUAAAACACCUGACCCUCUACCAUAAUCAAAUGAUAAAAAUGUUGUGUGGCAAAAAACAAAAUUGCAUACCAGACUUAAAGCUCAGAAAAACUCUAUCUGAGAUACUUCUACAGUAUUAAAAUUCCCUUCAUCAUAAGUA